GCGGCGGCGGCGAUGAUGAUGAUGUGCGCGGCGACCGCCUCCGCCGCCGCCUCCACGGGGCCCGCCGGCGCCGACGGCUUCUUCCCCGCCGCCUUCGUGUCCUGCCCGGCGCCGGGGGCGCCGCUCAUGCCGGGCCCCGAGGGCAACGCGGCGGCGGCGGCGGCGGCGGCGGCGGCGGCGGGCUGGGGGCUGGGGCUGCUGCCGCCGGACUCGCGGAGCCAUUACCGGCUGCUGCUGUCGGGCCGGGCCCUGGCCGACCGCUACCGCAGGAUCUACACGGCGGCGCUCAGCGAGCGGGACCAGGCCGGGGGCGGCGCCGCCCACCAGGGCUCCAGGAAUAAGAAACUUUUAAGUAAGAAAAAGCUGAAAAGGAAGCAGAAGACCAAAUCAAAAGUUAAAGUGCGAAGCAAGACUGAAAAUUUAGAGAAUGCAGCCAUCAUACCAGAUAUCAAACUCCAUAGCAACCCUUCGGCUUUCAACGUCUACUGCAAUGUCCGCCAUUGUGUUCUGGAGUGGCAGAAAAAGGAAACGUCCUCGGCGGUAGCAUCGAAAAACUCCGCCCAGAGCGGCGACUCGGACAGCGACGAAGAGGAGGAAUCCAAAGAGCCUCCCAUCAAACUUCCAAAGAUCAUUGAAGUUGGACUUUGUGAAGUUUUUGAAUUGAUCAAGGAGACAAGAUUUUCUCAUCCGUCGCUAUGUCUUCGGAGUCUGCAAGCUCUGCUUAAUGUACUUCAAGGCCAGCAGCCAGAAGGUCUUCAGUCAGAACCACCGGAAGUUCUAGAGUCUCUCUUCCAGCUCCUUUUGGAAAUCACCGUCCGAAGUACCGGCAUGAACGACAGCACCGGCCAGUCCCUUACAGCCCUCUCCUGCGCUUGCCUCUUUAGUCUGGUAGCCGCGUGGGGAGAAACAGGGAGGACUCUUCAGGCCAUCUCUGCUAUCCUCACCAACAAUGGCAGCCACGCGUGCCAAACUAUUCAGGUGCCAACAAUCCUAAAUUCUCUCCAGAGGAGCGUACAGGCAGUUUUAGUGGGCAAAAUCCAAAUCCAGGACUGGUUCAGCAAUGGAAUUAAGAAAGCCGCUCUGAUGCACAGAUGGCCGCUGAAGGAAAUUUCCGUGGAUGAAGAUGACCAGUGUCUACUUCAAAACGAUGGCUUCUUUCUUUAUCUAUUAUGCAAGGACGGACUCUAUAAGAUAGGGUCGGGAUACAGCGGAACAGUGAGGGGUCAUAUAUACAAUUCUACAUCCCGCAUCAAAAACAGAAAAGAAAAAAAGUCUUGGUUAGGGUAUGCUCAGGGUUAUUUGUUAUAUAGAGAUGUGAACAAUCACAGCAUGACAGCCAUAAGAAUAAACCCUGAAACACUGGAACAAGAUGGAACUGUAACGUUGCCAGAUUGUCAUGCGGAAGGGCAGAAUAUUUUAUUCACGGAUGGAGAAUACAUAAAUCAGAUCGCUGCUUCUAGAGAUGAUGGCUUUGUCGUUCGAAUAUUCGCAACAAGCACGGAACCUGUUCUUCAACAAGAAUUGCAGCUCAAACUUGCACGGAAAUGCUUACAUGCCUGUGGAAUCUCAUUAUUUGAUCUGGAAAAAGACUUACAUAUUAUAAGUACAGGAUUUGAUGAGGAAUCCGCUGUUUUGGGAGCAGGAAGAGAGUUUGCACUUAUGAAAACUGCUAGUGGAAAGAUAUAUUAUACAGGCAAAUACCAGAGCCUCGGAAUCAAGCAGGGCGGUCCUUCGGCAGGAAAAUGGGUUGAACUACCGAUAACAAAAUCUCCAAAGAUUGUCCAGUUCUCAGUGGGACAUGAUGGUUCGCACGCCUUGUUGGUGGCAGAGGAUGGAAGCAUAUUUUUUACAGGGUCGGCGAGUAAGGGAGAAGAUGGAGAAUCAACUAAGAGCAGACGUCAGUCUAAGCCCUACAAACCUAAAAAGAUUAUUAAGAUGGAAGGAAAAAUCGUGGUCUACACGGCGUGCAAUAACGGAAGUAGUUCUGUAAUUUCAAAAGAUGGAGAACUCUAUAUGUUUGGAAAAGAUGCCAUUUACUCUGACAGUUCAAGUUUAGUAACAGAUUUGAAAGGACAUUUUGUGACUCAGGUAGCCAUGGGCAAAGCUCAUACUUGUGUUUUAAUGAAGAAUGGGGAAGUUUGGACUUUUGGUGUCAACAACAAAGGGCAGUGUGGGCGAGACACCGGCUCCAUGAGCCAAGGAGGAAAAGGUUUUGGAGUUGAAAACAUGGCAACAGCAAUGGAUGAAGAUCUAGAAGAAGAGCUGGAUGAAAAAGAUGAGAAAUCUAUGAUGUGUCCACCUGGCAUGCAUAAAUGGAAACUGGAGCAGUGCAUGGUGUGUACGGUCUGUGGAGAUUGCACCGGUUAUGGAGCCAGCUGUGUUAGUAGCGGACGUCCGGAGAGAGUUCCUGGAGGGAUCUGUGGCUGUGGCUCAGGGGAGUCUGGCUGUGCUGUGUGUGGGUGCUGCAAAGCCUGUGCAAGAGAGUUGGAUGGCCAAGAAGCAAGGCAAAGAGGAAUUCUUGAUGCUGUGAAAGAGAUGAUUCCUUUAGAUCUCCUUUUAGCUGUCCCCGUCCCUGGAGUUAACAUUGAAGAACACCUUCAAUUGCGACAAGAAGAAAAACGUCAGCGGGUCAACAGGCGGCAUAGAUUGGAGGAAGGGAGAGGCCCCCUUGUAUUUCCCGGUCCUAUUUUUAUGAACCACCGUGAACAAGCUCUAGCCAGAAUAAGACCCCAUCCAGCACAGCUAAAGCAUAAACGGGACAAGCACAAAGACGGAAGCGGAGAAAGAGGCGAAAAGGACGCCAGCAAAAUCACCACCUAUCCUCCCGGCUCUGUGCGCUUUGAUUGUGAAUUCCGGGCCGUUCAAGUCAGCUGCGGAUUCCACCAUUCAGUGGUUCUGAUGGAGAACGGGGAUGUUUAUACAUUCGGAUAUGGGCAACACGGACAGCUGGGACAUGGAGAUGUGAAUUCCAGGGGUUGCCCCACUCUUGUCCAGGCCUUACCUGGUCCGAGCACGCAAGUUACUGCAGGGAGCAACCACACGGCAAUUCUUUUAAUGGAUGGGCAAGUCUUCACAUUUGGAAGCUUCUCCAAAGGACAGCUUGGCAGACCGAUUUUGGAUAUGCCCUACUGGAAUGCUAAACCAGCUUCCAUGCCCAAUAUCGGAUCGAAAUUCGGACGCAAGGCGACUUGGAUUGGAGCAAGUGGAGACCAGACUUUCCUGAGGAUUGAUGAAGCGCUUAUCAACUCUCACGUGCUGGCGACAUCGGAAAUCUUCGCUAGCCGACAUAUAAUAGGCUUGGUACCUGCUUCUAUAUCAGAACCUCCCCCAUUCAAAUGUCUUCUGAUAAAUAAAGUAGAUGGGAGUUGUAAAACAUUCAAUGACUCCGAACAGGAAGAUCUACAAGGAUUCGGUGUAUGUCUUGACCCCGUUUACGAUGUAAUCUGGAGAUUUCAGCCAGGUGCUAGAGAACUGUGGUGUUAUAAUGCAGUAGUUGCCGACUCCAGGCUGCCUUCAGCUCCAGACAUGCAAUCCCGAUGUAGUAUAUUGAGCCCCGAACUUGCUCUCCCAACGGGAUCAAAAGCCCUUACUACCAGGUCCCACGCAGCCCUGCACAUUUUAGGUUGCCUUGAUACCUUGGCAGCUAUGCAGGACUUAAAAAUGGGAGUCGCAAGCACAGAAGAAGAGACUCAAGCAGUAAUGAAAGUUUAUUCCAAGGAAGAUUAUAGCGUGGUGAAUAGAUUUGAAAGUCACGGAGGCGGUUGGGGUUAUUCGGCCCAUUCGGUGGAAGCAAUUCGCUUUAGUGCCGACACGGAUAUUUUACUAGGGGGCCUUGGUCUUUUUGGAGGUAGAGGAGAAUAUACUGCUAAAAUAAAGUUGUUCGAGUUGGGUCCAGAUGGAGGCGAUCACGAGACCGACGGAGAUCUUCUUGCGGAGACGGACGUGUUGGCUUAUGACUGCGCUGCUAGAGAAAAAUAUGCCAUGAUGUUUGACGAACCAGUUCUCCUUCAAGCUGGCUGGUGGUACGUAGCGUGGGCUCGAGUGUCCGGACCCAGUAGUGACUGUGGAUCUCACGGGCAGGCUUCAAUUACCACCGAUGAUGGUGUUGUUUUUCAGUUUAAAAGUUCAAAGAAAUCAAAUAACGGUACUGAUGUCAAUGCAGGACAGAUACCUCAGUUAUUAUACAGGCUCCCAACUAGUGAUGGUAGCGCUUCAAAAGGAAAACAACAAACCAGUGAGCCUGUGCACAUCUUAAAGAGAUCUUUUGCCAGAACUGUCUCAGUGGAAUGCUUUGAGUCCCUGUUGAGCAUUCUUCACUGGAGUUGGACCACACUAGUCCUUGGAGUGGAAGAACUUCGAGGAUUGAAAGGAUUCCAGUACACUGCCACUCUCCUCGAUUUGGAGAGGCUGCGUUUUGUGGCCACUUGUUGUCUGCGACUUUUGCGGGUCUACACAUGUGAGAUUUACCCCAUGUCAGCUUCUGCUAAAGCAGUCGUAGAAGAGACGAGCAAAUUAGCAGAGUGUAUUGGGAAAACCAGAACUUUGCUCCGCAAAAUUUUAUCCGAAGGCGUUGACCACUGCAUGGUCAAAUUGGAUAACGAUCCCCAAGGAUAUCUCAGUCAGCCGUUGAGUCUUCUGGAAGCAGUUCUUCAGGAGUGUCAUAACACUUUCACGGCCUGCUUUCAUUCUUUCUACCCAACUCCCGCCCUGCAGUGGGCUUGCCUGUGUGACCUGCUGAACUGUUUGGAUCAGGAUAUCCAGGAAGCAAAUUUCAAGACAUCAAGUAGCCGACUGCUUGCAGCUGUUAUGUCUGCCCUAUGUCACACUUCGGUCAAGCUGACCUCCAUCUUCCCGAUUGCUUACGAUGGAGAAGUGUUGUUGAGGUCAAUGGUGAAGCAAGUCAGCACUGAGAAUGACUCUGCGCUAGCCCACCGGUUCCCGCUGCUGGUCGCACACAUGGAAAAACUCAGCCAGAGCGAGGAAAACAUAUCGGGGAUGACAAGCUUUCGGGAAGUGUUGGAGAAGAUGCUUGUUAUUGUUGUGUUGCCAGUCAGGAACAGCCUGAGGCGAGAGAAUGAACUCUUCUCCUCUCACCUGGUGUCCAACACCUGCGGAUUACUUGCUAGUAUUGUCAGUGAACUUACAGCAUCUGCCCUUGGAUCUGAGGUCGACGGGCUCAACUCUCUCCAUUCCGUCAAAUCCAGCGCUAGUCGGUUCACUAAGACAAGUCAAGGAAGAAGUUGGAAUACUGGAAAUGGAUCUCCCGAUGCGAUCUGCUUCUCUGUAGACAAACCCGGUGUGGUCGUGGUGGGAUUCUCUGUCUACGGAGGAGGGGGAAUUCAUGAAUACGAAUUGGAGGUGUUAGUCGACGAUAGCGAACAUGCAGGCGAUGCAACUCAUUCUCACCGAUGGACAUCGUUAGAGUUGGUCAAAGGGACCUAUACAACUGAUGAUUCUCCCAGUGACAUAGCUGAAAUCAGACUGGAUAAAGUUGUUCCCUUGAAGGAAAAUGUAAAGUAUGCAGUGCGUUUGAGGAAUUAUGGAAGUCGUACUGCCAAUGGAGACGGAGGAAUGACCACUGUCCAGUGUCCAGAUGGUGUCACGUUUACAUUCAGUACAUGUAGUCUCAGCAGUAAUGGCACAAAUCAAACAAGAGGACAAAUUCCACAAAUCCUUUACUACAGGAGCGAGUAUGAUGGAGAUCUCCAGUCCCAGCUUUUAAGUAAAGCUAAUGAAGAGGAUAAAAACUGUAGUCGAGCCCUCUCCGUUGUCAGUGCUGUGGUUCGAGCUGCCAAAGACCUGUUGCACAGAGCUCUUGCUGUAGAUGCCGAUGACAUUCCAGAACUGCUUAGCUCUUCCAGCCUGUUUUCCAUGCUGCUUCCCCUUAUAAUAGCCUACAUCGGACCAGUCGCUGCAGCUAUUCCCAAGGUGGCUGUAGAAGUCUUUGGCCUUGUCCAGCAGCUGCUUCCUUCGGUUGCCAUUUUGAAUCAGAAGUAUGCCCCUCCCGCCUUCAAUCCCAAUCAGUCGACAGAUAGCACCACAGGAAACCAACCUGAUCAAGGCCUUUCGGCUUGCACUACCUCGAAUCAUUAUGCCGUCAUUGAGAGUGAGCACCCCUAUAAACCUGCCGGAGUAAUCCACUACAAGGUGACGUUCCCAGAGUGUGUCAGGUGGAUGACCAUCGAGUUUGACCCUCAGUGCGGCACCGCCCAAGCGGAAGAUGUUCUGCGUUUGCUGAUUCCUGUGAGGACUGUGCAAAACGCCGGAUUUGGACCAAAGUUGAUAUCCGUUCAUGAAAAUCUUAAUUCGUGGAUAGAAUUGAAGAAAUUUUCUGGAUCUUCAGGCUGGCCGACUAUGGUCUUGGUGUUACCAGGAAAUGAAGCCCUCUUUUCACUGGAGACAGCAUCUGACUAUGUGAAAGAUGAGAAGGCUUCCUUUUAUGGUUUUAAGUGCUUUGCAAUUGGAUAUGAAUUUAGUCCUGGAUCCGAUGAGGGAAUCAUUCAGCUGGAAAAAGAGUUGGCCAAUUUAGGUGGUGUCUGUGCAGCAGCUUUGAUGAAAAAAGAUUUGGCCCUUCCAAUUGGUAAUGAAUUAGAGGAAGAUCUUGAAAUUCUCGAAGAAGCCGCAUUGCAGGUGUGCAAAACGCACUCGGGCAUUCUCGGGAAAGGAUUAGCACUCUCUCACUCUCCAACAAUAUUGGAAGCUCUUGAAGGAAGUUUGCCACUCCAGAUACAAAGCAACGAACAAUCUUUUUUGGAAGAUUUCAUUGCUUGUGUUCCAGGAUCAAGUGGUGGGCGACUGGCAAGGUGGCUUCAGCCGGACUCAUUUGCCGAUCCUCAGAAAACAUCACUGAUCCUCAAUAAGGACGAUAUCCGCUGCGGUUGGCCCACCACCAUUACAGUACAAACAAAAGAUCAGUACGGAGAGGUCGUUCAUGUCCCGAAUAUGAAGGUGGAGGUAAAGGCUGUCCCUGUUUCUCAGAAAAAAACAUCCUUGCAGCAAGAACAAGUGAAGAAGCUUCAGAGGAUUCCUGGCAGUCCCUCAACGGCUGUGCCUUCCUCUAACACGGAUCUGACCUUUGGCGGGCUUGCGUCUCCGAAGCUUGAUGCUUCUUACGAGCCAAUGAUAGUGAAGGAGGCCCGCUAUAUUGCCAUUACAAUGAUGAAGGUUUAUGAAAAUUAUUCAUUCGAAGAGCUGCGUUUUGCAUCACCGACUCCUAAAAGACCCAGUGAGAAUAUGUUGAUCAGAGUCAACAACGAUGGCACUUACUGUGCAAAUUGGACUCCAGGAGCCAUCGGUCUUUAUACCAUUCAUGUUACUAUUGAUGGCAUUGAAAUAGAUGCCGGACUAGAAGUGAAAGUAAAAGACCCACCAAAGGGGAUGAUACCACCUGGAACUCAGCUGGUCAAACCAAAGAUGGAACCCCAGCCAAAUAAGGUUCGCCAGUUUGUGGCCAAGGACAGCGCAGGACUCCGUAUCCGUAGCCACCCGUCUCUCCAGAGUGAACAGAUAGGCAUAGUGAAAGUCAAUGGAACCAUCACUUUUAUUGAUGAGAUCCACAAUGAUGAUGGUGUGUGGCUGAGGCUGAAUGAUGAGACAAUAAAGAAGUAUGUGCCUAACAUGAAUGGUUACACUGAAGCCUGGUGCCUCUCUUUUAACCAGCAUCUUGGCAAGAGCCUUCUGGUCCCUGUUGACAAUAUCUUUAAUACUAGCCAAGGAGUCAGGGAUUUGGACGUUUUUUCAUGGACUUCUAAAGCUUUUUUCCCCCAGGAGCCCAAAUCUAAUACCGAUGACGUUUUCAAGGACCUAAAUCCCUACUGCCCCCAGGAAGCAGUCAUGCAAGAACAAGACCCGCCAUUCCUCCGAGGCGGGCCGGGACUGUAUAAGGUAGUGAAGACGGGACCUUCAGGUCACAACAUCAGAAGCUGCCCUCAUCUUAGAGGUAUCCCAAUUGGAAUGUUAGUUCUGGGAAACAAAGUCAAGGCAGUGGGCGAGGUGACCAAUUCGGAAGGUUCAUGGGUGCAGCUGGAUAAGAACAGCAUGGUAGAGUUCUGUGAGAGUGACGAAGGCGAAGCCUGGUCCCUAGCUAGAGACAGAGGCGGAAAUCAGUACCUUCGACAUGAAGAUGAACAAGUUCUUCUGGAUCAAAAUGCUCAGACUCCUCCUCCAAGCCCUUUCUCAGUGCAAGCAUUCAAUAAAGGGGGAGGUAGCAGUUCCCAAGGAUUUGAUUACGGACUCGGAAAUAGCAAAGUUUUGACUGUUUUACCCGCUGCAGGUGAACAACUGAGUGCCAUACUGAAUUCCAUUCAGUCACGGCCUACCCUCCCAGCUCCUUCCAUCUUUGAUCAAGCUGCAAAACCUCCCUCUUCCCUAGUCCACAGCCCAUUUGUGUUCGGACAGCCCCUUUCCUUCCAGCAGCCUCAGCUUCAGAAAACACCAUCCCGCAACCUUGCUUCUCGUGAGCGCAUUUACAAAAAUAAUGGUGUAGCUGGGUCUGCCUCUGCUAUCUCAUCCCUCUCUCACAAACUAAAGGGUGACAGAGGAGGUGUCCCAGCAAGUCCUAGACCGGCUUCUCCGGCGGGCUCAUCCGACCUCGCCUCGAAAAACAGGGUAGAGAGCAGGUCGCCCAAGCCCGAGGGCCGGGCGAGCCGGACCACCGCCGAGCAGAAGAAAGCCAGGAAUACCGAAGGCCUUUCUGCUAGCGAAUCCCUCCUGUUGAAAUCCGAUGCUGCCAAGCUCCGCUCAGAUUCCCACAGUAGGUCAUUAUCCCCCAACCAUAACACCCUGCAGACUCUCAAAUCUGAUGGGAGGGGGUCGUCGGGCCUCCGAGCCGAAUCUCCGGGACCGGGAUCUCGCUCGUCAUCCCCGAAGCCCAAGACUCUCCCGGCCAGCCGAUCCAGCCCACCCGGUGCGGGCUCUUCCCGCUCCUCCUCUCCACAUGACAAAACUCUACCUCAGAAAGUCUCCGUUCCUGUGAAGACCAAGCUCGACCCUCCUCGGGAGCGAUCCAAAUCCGACUCUUACACUCUGGAUCCAGACACCCUGCGCAAAAAGAAGGUGCCCCUCACCGAGCCGUUAAGGGGACGCUCCACAUCGCCCAAACCAAAAAGCGUCCCCAAAGACCCCAGCUCCCCUCCCGGCACCGAAAACCGGGCGCCUUCUCCCCACGUGGUCCAAGAAAACCUUCACAGCGAGGUGGUCGAAGUCUGCACGUCCAGUACCUUAAAGACAGAUAGCAUAACAGAUAGCACCUGUGAUGAAGGCACCGAGUUUAAGAGCGUGGAUGAGAGUGCCAACAAGGUUCACUUCAGCAUUGGGAAAGCUCCCUUGAAGGAUGAGCAGGAGAUGAGAGCCUCCCCCAAAGUGAGCCGGAAAUGCGCUGGAAGGCACGCCAGGCCGAAGAAGGAAAAAUCCGGCUUCCUCUUCAAAGGGGAAGGCUCCCGAUCUCUGGAGCCGGCCAAGCAAGCCAUGUCCCCUUCGGUGGCGGAAUGCGCCAGGGCCGUCUUUGCCUCUUUCCUCUGGCACGAAGGCAUAGUCCACGACGCUAUGGCCUGCUCGUCCUUCCUCAAGUUCAAUCCAGAACUGUCGAAAGAGCACGCGCCGAUAAGAAACAGUUUAAACAGCCAACAGCCGCCCGAAGAGAAAGAAACCAAGCUGAAGAAUAGGCAUUCCUUGGAAAUCUCAUCCGCUCUCAAUAUGUUCAAUAUUUCACCACACGGACCAGAUAUCUCCAAAAUGGGCAGCAUCAACAAAAAUAAGGUCCUGUCUAUGCUUAAGGAGCCUCCCCUCCAGGAGAAAUGCGAGGACGGAAAGACAGACGGUGCUUCUUUCGAAUUGUCCACCCACCACACGAUGAAGUCCAAAUCUCCCCUGCCCUUAACCUUGCAGCAUCUGGUCGCUUUUUGGGAAGACAUCUCCCUAGCUACCAUCAAGGCCGCUUCGCAGAACAUGAUUUUUCCCAGCCCCGGGUCCUGUGCGGUCCUCAAGAAGAAAGACUGUGACAAAGAUAGUAAGAAGGCCAAAAAGGAAAAAAAGAAGAAAGACAAGGCUGAAGUCAGGCCUAGAGGGAAUUUAUUUGGGGAGAUGGCGCAACUUGCAGUGGGCGGGCCGGAGAAGGACACCAUCUGUGAGCUAUGUGGGGAGUCUCAUCCGUAUCCUGUGACCUAUCACAUGAGACAAGCCCAUCCAGGUUGUGGCCGGUAUGCCGGGGGCCAAGGUUAUAAUAGCAUUGGACACUUUUGUGGCGGAUGGGCUGGUAAUUGUGGUGAUGGCGGAAUAGGAGGUAGCACUUGGUAUCUAGUCUGUGAUCGCUGCAGGGAAAAGUAUCUCCGUGAAAAACAAGCAGCGGCAAGAGAGAAGGUCAAACAAUCUAGGAGAAAACCAAUGCAAGUGAAAACUCCUCGUGCCUUGCCCACGAUGGAGGCUCACCAGGUGAUUAAAGCAAACGCACUGUUCCUGCUGUCUUUGAGCAGCGCCGCCGAGCCGAGCAUUCUCUGUUACCAUCCUACAAAGCCCUUCCAGUCACAGCUUCCCAGUGUGAAAGAAGGCAUUUCUGAAGAUCUCCCCAUUAAAAUGCCAUGCCUCUACUUGCAAACUCUAGCCAGGCAUCAUCAUGAAAACUUUGUGGGUUACCAGGAUGACAACCUUUUCCAGGAUGAAAUGAGGUAUUUGCGUUCCACCUCAGUUCCUGCACCGUACAUAUCGGUAACUCCCGAUGCCAGCCCUAAUGUUUUUGAGGAACCAGAAAGUAACAUGAAGUCCAUGCCACCAAGUUUGGAAACAAGUCCUAUUACAGAUACUGAUCUGGCAAAGCGAACAGUCUUCCAAAGAUCAUAUUCCGUUGUUGCAUCAGAGUAUGACAAACAACAUUCGAUUUUACCUGCACGAGUUAAGGCAAUUCCUAGAAGAAGAGUUAACAGUGGGGACACUGAAGUUGGGUCCUCUCUUUUGCGACAUCCAUCUCCUGAACUUUCCCGACUAAUCUCAGCCCAUAGCUCUCUUUCCAAAGGGGAAAGAAAUUUCCAGUGGCCAGUGUUAGCAUUUGUGAUACAGCACCAUGAUCUGGAAGGUCUUGAGAUAGCAAUGAAGCAGGCUUUAAGGAAAUCUGCUUGCCGCGUUUUUGCUAUGGAGGCUUUCAACUGGCUUUUAUGUAAUGUCAUCCAAACAACUUCUCUUCAUGAUAUUUUAUGGCAUUUUGUGGCUUCACUGACUCCUGCACCAGUGGAACCAGAGGAGGAUGAAGAUGAGGAGAACAAAGCAAACAAAGAAAAUGCAGAACAAGAGAAAGACACCCGAGUAUGUGAACAUCCUUUGUCGGAUAUAGUGAUUGCAGGUGAAGCAGCACAUCCGCUGCCACAUACUUUCCAUCGCCUCCUCCAAACCAUCUCUGAUCUUAUGAUGUCUCUUCCCAGCGGCAGCUCGCUGCAGCAAAUGGCCCUGAGAUGCUGGAGCCUCAAAUUCAAGCAAUCUGAUCACCAGUUCCUACACCAGAGCAAUGUCUUUCAUCAUAUUAACAACAUUCUGUCCAAAUCUGAUGAUGGAGAUAGUGAAGAGAGCUUUAGCAUCAGUAUACAGUCUGGUUUUGAAGCUAUGAGUCAGGAAUUGUGCAUAGUCAUUUGUUUAAAAGACCUGACCGGCAUCGUUGACAUAAAAACGUCAAGCCGUCCUGCUAUGAUCGGCAGUUUGACGGAUGGAUCAACAGAAACCUUCUGGGAAUCGGGAGAUGAGGAUAAAAACAAAACCAAAAACAUCACAAUCAACUGUGUGAAAGGAAUUAAUGCCCGCUACGUAUCUGUUCAUGUAGACAACUCCCGAGAUCUUGGGAACAAAGUGACCUCAAUGACUUUCUUGACUGGAAAAGCAGUAGAAGAUCUGUGUAGAAUCAAACAGGUUGAUCUGGAUUCUCGGCACAUUGGUUGGGUAACCAGUGAGCUUCCAGGAGGAGAUAAUCACAUCAUCAAAAUUGAACUGAAGGGUCCAGAGAACACACUGAGAGUUCGACAAGUGAAAGUCUUGGGCUGGAAAGAUGGCGAAAGCAUUAAAAUCGCAGGUCAAAUCUCAGCCAGUGUGGCUCAGCAAAGAAACUGUGAAGCCGAGACCCUACGAGUAUUCCGACUUAUCACUUCCCAGGUCUUUGGAAAACUCAUAUCUGGAGAUGCUGAGCCUACUCCUGAACAAGAGGAAAAGACACUGUUAUCUUCACCUGAAGGAGAAGAAAAAGUAUACAAUGCAACCUCUGAUGCUGACCUGAAAGAGCAUAUGGUUGGAAUCAUAUUCAGCAGGAGUAAGCUGACAAAUUUACAAAAACAGGUGUGUGCUCACAUCGUCCAGGCCAUCCGAAUGGAAGCAACCCGGGUCCGUGAAGAAUGGGAACAUGCCAUCUCCAGCAAAGAAAAUGCCAAUUCUCAGCCCAACGAUGAAGACGCCUCCUCGGAUGCCUAUUGCUUUGAGCUGCUCUCCAUGGUCUUGGCCCUGAGCGGAUCAAAUGUGGGUCGACAAUACCUGGCUCAACAGCUCACUCUGCUCCAGGACCUCUUUUCUUUACUGCAUACUGCCUCUCCCAGGGUGCAGAGACAGGUGACCUCUCUCCUUCGAAGAGUUCUCCCCGAGGUGACCCCUAACCGCCUCGCCAGCAUCAUCGGGGUGAAGUCUCUGCCCCCGGCGGAUAUCAGCGACAUCAUUCACUCCACAGAGAAAGGAGACUGGAAUAAGCUGGGCAUCUUGGACAUGUUCCUGGGCUGCAUCGCCAAGGCCCUCACGGUCCAGCUGAAAGCCAAGGGCACCACGAUCACGGGAACGGCCGGCACCGCGGCGGGCAAAGGGGUCACCACCGUCACGUUGCCCAUGAUCUUCAAUUCCAGUUAUAUUCGGCGAGGUGAAAGCCAUUGGUGGAUGAAAGGCUCAACUCCUACCCAGAUUUCGGAGAUCAUUAUUAAACUAAUCAAGGACAUGGCAGCGGGUCACCUUUCUGAAGCUUGGUCCCGGGUGACAAAAAAUGCCAUUGCAGAAACCAUCAUUGCCUUGACCAAGAUGGAAGAAGAGUAUAGAUCUCCAGUGCGAUGCAUUGCAACAACAAGGUUAUGGCUGGCUCUCGCUUCACUUUGUGUCCUCGAUCAGGACCAUGUAGAUCGGCUGUCCUCCGGCAGAUGGAUGGGAAAGGAUGGGCAACAGAAGCAAAUGCCUAUGUGUGAUAACCAUGAUGAUGGUGAAACUGCAGCAAUCAUUUUAUGCAACGUGUGUGGAAAUUUAUGCACUGACUGUGACAGAUUCCUCCAUCUUCAUCGCCGAACAAAAACUCAUCAAAGACAGGUGUUCAAAGAAGAGGAAGAAGCUAUCAAGGUCGAUCUUCAUGAGGGGUGUGGUAGAACUAAAUUAUUCUGGCUGAUGGCAUUAGCCGAUUCCAAAACCAUGAAGGCAAUGGUGGAGUUCCGGGAACACACAGGCAAACCAACGACCAGCAGCUCAGACGCAUGUCGUUUCUGCGGUUCGAGGAAUGGGACAGAGCUUUCUUCUGUAGGCAGCGUAUGUCCAGAUGCUGAUUGUCAGGAGUACGCUAAGAUAGCCUGUAGCAAGACUCAUCCUUGUGGCCAUCCGUGCGGAGGUGUUAAAAAUGAAGACCACUGUCUGCCCUGCCUGUACGGCUGUGAUAAAAGCGCCACAACGCUGAAGCAAGAUGCCGAUGACAUGUGCAUGAUCUGUUUCACGGAAGCCCUUUCUGCGGCCCCGGCUAUCCAGCUGGACUGUAGUCACGUGUUCCAUUUGCAAUGCUGCCGACGGGUUUUGGAAAACAGGUGGCUUGGGCCAAGGAUAACAUUUGGGUUUAUAUCUUGUCCUAUUUGCAAGAACAAAAUCAAUCAUACAGUAUUAAAAGAUCUGCUUGAUCCAAUCAAAGAACUCUAUGAGGAUGUGAGAAGGAAAGCCUUGAUGAGGUUGGAAUACGAAGGUUUGCACAAGAGCGAAGCCAUUACAACUCCUGGAGUCAGGUUUUAUAAUGAUCCAGCUGGAUAUGCCAUGAAUAGAUAUGCCUAUUACGUCUGCUACAAAUGCAGAAAGGCGUAUUUUGGGGGCGAAGCUCGCUGUGAUGCCGAGGCCGGACAAGGGGACGAUUACGACCCGAGAGAGCUCAUCUGUGGCGCCUGCUCCGAUGUUUCCAGGGCUCAGAUGUGCCCCAAGCAUGGUACGGACUUUUUAGAAUACAAAUGCCGUUACUGCUGCUCAGUGGCUGUAUUUUUCUGUUUUGGAACAACGCAUUUUUGUAACGCUUGUCAUGAUGAUUUUCAAAGGAUGACAAGCAUUCCUAAAGAAGAACUUCCACACUGUCCUGCAGGUCCCAAAGGCAAACAGCUGGAGGGAACCGAAUGUCCACUGCACGUCGUCCAUCCCCCGACUGGUGAAGAAUUUGCUCUGGGCUGUGGAGUUUGCAGAAACGCUCACACGUUUUAGAUCGGUCGGUUUUCUCUGCCAGACAAAACAGUUGCCCUCGUUCCCCCCGCCCCGAAGAGAGAGCAUGGUGACGUUGAAACAUCCCUCAGGAUGAGGAUGGGACCAUUUUCAAAAUCGAAGUAAAAAAAAACCAACCACAAAAAAAACUAUUUCUAGUGCAAGAAGGAUGCCAAAUACCGUGUACAUAAUUCUUGCUGUGAGAGAUUUUCUUUCUUUUUUUUUAUCCAGUACAUCAAAACUUGUAAGGUGUUUGCAUGUGGCCAUUACAGUCAUCGGCUAAGAAGCAUUGGGUAUUUAUAGAUAAUGGAUUGAAAAAAAAAAAGAUGACCAUGCCCAUAGGUUGGAAAGAUGCUGGCUCUCAGUAAAGGAAAGGAAAGAAAUCAUUGGUUAUUGUAUACUGACUUUUGUAAUCCUGUACAAUUGUAACUGCAUCACGGGUGAGGUGGGGGGGAAGAGGAAUAUUCUGUUUUAUUUCCUAGACUGUUACAAAAAUUGUGUUAGACAGGCAUAUAAAUGUAAUAAGUAUCACACUGUAUAUAAGGAUAUCAAUGUUUGUCUUGUAUAAGAAUUACUAAAUUACAAGAGCAGUUUCAUUUAAACUUCUGGGUUACGUUUGAGCCUGAAAUUUUAAUGAAGUGCAAUACUGAGUGUGCCUCAUAUCUUGCAGCUGUAAACAUAACGGAAUGUACAUGUCAAUAAAGCCACUGUACGUUUUUAUACAGUGAUAAAGUCUAA